GCACUCAUGCGAAUAUUUUUAGUCUCAAGAAAACUGCAUAUAAUAUUCCAUUAGACACCAGUACUGUAACUGGCCCAUAAAACUCUUAAAAGAAUUCCAUUAUGCAACAUUGUUUAUUGCGAUUGGAGAUAACCUCUCUGGUUAUUCAGUUCAUGUAUACAUGUGGUAUCGACAUUAGUGCCAAUUUUGUGCUCCGGUGAAAUUGAUUUACAUGUCUCAAGUAUUAUGUGCUGAAGUAGUGUAAUGCGAUAUUUGUGAUUAGAUUAUACUGUGGAAUCAGCUGGCUUGAAAAGGAUUUGAUAUUUCAAGGACGGCCCUGUAACUGGGAGGUGUAAGAUUGUAGACGAUGAUACAAAGCAGAGGCUUCACAUUUCGCACAUGCAGUCAUUUGAUUAGGAAAAAAUACUACGUGGUGUCUCGUAAUGCUUCCAGUGCAUUGCCUGAACUAACAUCGGUCAGGUAUAAAGUUGAGCGAGGACCUUAUGCUACAUUGACUGAUGGUCAUGUCAAUUUUUUUACUAAUCUUCUGGAUCAGAAUAGAGUCGUCACUGAUCCGGACGAAUGUGAAGGCUACAAUGUUGACUGGGUCAAAAUGGUCAGAGGAAAAAGUAGGCUUGUCUUGAAGCCUAAAUCAACGGAGGAAGUUUCAGCAAUUUUAAAAUAUUGUAAUGAGAAUCGACUAGCUGUUUGUCCUCAAAGUGGAAACACUGGUCUUGUAGGUGGAAGUGUUCCAGUUUUUGAUGAGAUAGUUCUUUCUAUGCGCCUGAUGAACAGCAUCAUCGACACUGACGAAAUGGCUGGUGUAGUGGUUUGCCAAGCAGGCUGUAUUCUCCAAAGUUUGGAAGAACACAUGCACAAAGUGGGCUUAAUUAUGCCUCUGGAUUUAGGCGCAAAGGGUAGUUGUUUGAUUGGUGGUUGUGUUUCUACCAACGCUGGUGGUUUGAGGCUUCUCAGAUACGGAAAUCUACAUGGAAAUGUUCUAGGACUUGAGGCUGUUAAAGCCAAUGGGGAAGUUCUAAAUUGUUUAAACACCUUAAAGAAAGACAAUACCGGCUACCAUUUGAAACAUUUGUUUAUUGGUUCCGAGGGAACGUUGGGUAUCGUCACAAAAGUUGCGAUUCAAUGUCCACCUUCUCCAAAAGCGACAAACGUUGCAUUUUUAGGCCUAGACAGUUUCGACAGUGUGUUAAAAACAUAUUGCUCAGCGAAAGCCAAUUUGGGGGAAAUACUUUCUUCUUGUGAAAUGAUUGACAAGCUUUCGCUAGAGGUAUGCACCAAGUAUCUUCAUUUGCAAAAUCCUAUAACAUCCGGAGGUGAUGGCCAUAAUUUCUACAUGCUAAUUGAAACGGCUGGAAGUCAUCUUGCUCACGAUGAAGAGAAGUUAAAUGCUUUCGUAGAAAAAGCGAUGAACGAAGGAAUCAUCGCUGACGGUACCUUAUCCUCUGAACCAUCAAAAAUGCAGAACAUGUGGGCACUCAGAGAACGAAUUACUGAGGGCAUUAUGCACGAAGGUUACGUAUUUAAAUACGAUGUUUCCUUACCUCUUAAAGAUUUUUACAAAAUUAUCGAAGCUCUUAGAGAACGUUUAAAGAGCCCGGAAAUUCGAAGAAUUAGUGGAUACGGACAUAUAGGUGAUGGAAAUAUUCAUGUGCAAGUUGCUACGAAGGAAUACAAUGAUGAAAUUGCUGCUCAAUUGGAGCCUUUUAUUUUCGAAUAUGUUUCAAAACUUCAUGGAAGUGUGAGUGCAGAACAUGGAAUUGGCUUCAAAAAAACAAAGUUCCUGCACUACAGUAAAGAUGCUUCUGUCAUUUCACUCAUGAAGCAGAUCAAAAGAAUGAUGGAUCCUAACCAUAUUUUAAAUCCGUACAAAGUUCUACAUCCUUUGUAAAAAUGUAGUUUAAUUUUUAUAGAGCGUUCAGUUUUGAAUUUUUUUUUUAUUUCUACAAGGGACUUAGUGCAAAUUUUUAUUUUUUAUAGAGAAAAGAAGAGAUUUUUUUACCUGUAUUUAGAAAUUUCCUAUAAAAAAUAUUAUAUUUAAGAUGGUAAUAUGAAAAUAGGGUUACAUAAUAGUCACUCAAAUUAAAUGAAGAGAAAUUCUAGAUUACCAACGGAAUCUGAAAAAUGGUAUUCCAUAAUUAUUAUAAAUAUUCAGAGUUUUUAAAAUAGUGCGCAUUACAAUAAAUUGUAUUUUUCUGAAUAUAUGAAAUAAUCUGAUACAAAGACUGAGUAAUUGAACAUCAAUAACGUGUCAUAAUAAGUUGUAAUAAACAAAAAAUAUAUUUUUGGUUGUAUAGAUAGUCUAUUUGUAAUAAAAAAAGUUAUUAUUUCUAA